AUGAACCACUCGAUCGCGACGAAGAUCUGCACUAACUUAUCGAAGAUCUCCAGAGGCUGCGACGACGUGCAGCGAUCCCUUGAACUGCUGGACCAGGUGCUGAGCGAGUACGACGACUCGCCUCGAUCGCUGGAGGCGCGGGGUCCUGCGCCCACGCCGCCCACGCCCGCUACGCCCGCGGACGACGAUUCGCCCCUCGCCGGACAUACGUCCGAGGACGAUGGAUACAUGAGCAUGAACGGACGCAGAGCGAAGUUCGCGCUGGGCUUUCGACCAACAGAGGAGCGCGAAGAGCCUUCGCCCCCUGACCCUCCGUCACCGCAUUCUCCACCUCCGCCAGAGGAGGCCGAGAGGAUCAUUUCAAACCUCUUACCUAAAGUGUCACCAGCAAAUUCAGCGAAACGUACAAUACCGAUAGAGCGACGCGACGAGGACAAACUUGACUCAAUUAUCAGCGUUAAUGGCAUCACCACCGCAACACAAACUACUUUCCCAAAAACAAGGCACCAAAGGCCUUAUGGUUGGGAGAAAGACACCGAAACAAACCACACUCAUUUCAAUCAAUCACCGCCAUUUAAGUUCAGUUCGCUCCAACACGGAACGAGACCGCCCCAGGAAGGCGUCAUCCCGUGGCUGCCUCCGCGUCAAGUUCCCGUCAAGUCUCCCAGCUUCGAGAACCCACCGAUCUUCCCAUUCAUGGGUUUCUCCAGCGAAUUCAACGACAAGCCGUACAAUGAGCAUCCCGUCACCAUUUAUCCGGGACCCAAUAUAUACAAAUCGCCCACGUACAAACUAUCCCCGUCCAUAAAAAUAGAGAAGAAACGAGACAGCAGGUCCGACGAAGAGAUCCUGUCUCCGAAGGGAAAGAUUCCUCCCCGAACUCUCGCCGGUUCUAUGGAGCGACAUAGAGAGGUGUGCAGAGGAUCCUCAGAGGAUAUUGAAAAGAGAGGUGAGAGAAAUGAUGAGGAGCAUUUCUCGGACGAUUCCUUGGAGUCGUUCCCGCCGCCGCCGACCACCAACACGCCUUCGAAACGCAAUUCCAUAGCAUGGGAAGUGUCCCUCGAUGGUGAUGAUACUCUACUUACACCGGGUAGUACAAAGGUUAUCGGGAGACGUAGGAGAAAAUCAGGCGACCAAUCUCACUCCAGCACAAGCUCGAUUCCUCAAAGGUUGGACGACGAUUGGGCAGAAGAGUACUGGCCCCCUCCGCCCCCUCAGUCCCAGUGCGAGAGCCAAGCGUCACCUUCCGAUGCCGAACCGGAGCUACGUCGAACCCACGACCUCUCUUGCGGCACCUACGUCAUCAGAAAAGGCAAAAACCGAAAGCAGUUACCUAGUUUCGCCAAGAGCCCCAAAGCGACCGAUCCCCCUAACCUAAUAAAAAGCCAUAGCCUCAACAGAAGCACGGACAAAUCCAUAGACGGAUCCAGCAUAUCGAUAAGCGGCUCGGGCUCCGUCGGCUCCUACAACUCCAGACCUAGCUCCGAUCUAAGUCUACCUCAGUCUAGAUAUAGUGUCGACUUAAAUUCUCGAUUGAGUCGAGAACUCAACACUCCGAACUCGAGAUAUAGCAUAGACUUAUGUACACCCAACUCUAGAAUAAGCAAAGAGAUGACGUCUCCUAAAUCUAGGCUCAGUUUGGAUCUUAACGGACAGGAUAGGUACAUGAAUCAGGAUUACUACGGACACAGUCCCAAAAGCAGAAAGACACCGGAGAAGAGAGAACCAAAAGUUCAGAACAAACUGUCGCCGCAAAAUAGAUUCACCGAUUUUAAGAAAUAUUCGUCUACUUUUGAUAAUAUACAAUCGUUGAUUAAGGAAGGGAAAGUCGAGGAGGCACCUCAGAAUGAGUGUAACGAGACGGUCGGUGAGCUCUCCACGGUACCGCCGAACAUGGUCCGUGUCAUAUCUCUACCCACACUCGGGGCGGAGUCCGAGAGCAACAGUGCCAGCAGACAGGCGCUCAUCACCACCGUGGAAGAAGAGGAAGACCAGGAAAUCGCCGAACCGGGCUCCAGCGGGGAGACAUCUCCGCUUCGGAAAAUUGAAAAUAAUAUAAGCGCUAUUCUAAGUCAAGGGCGGGACCACUUUACCCCAUACUUACCUAAAGACUGGAAUAUCCAUAAGGAUGAAUACUGUGAUGAAGUGUCUAAAGAUAUAUUAGAAAACAGUUUCCGUUAUAGUUCUAGGGAGAGGCAGAAGAGACACGAUAUACAGAAAUCUUCGAGUCACAAUGAGAUUCAGAACCAGAGGUCGAUCGAGAGAAGAGACCGAUCUUCGGGACGAAGAUCGAAUAGCAUGCAUAAGUCUACCAGUGCCAAAGACGUGCCUGUCAGUUUGAUGCGUCAGCCGUCGUCAUCAGAUUCCGCAGUUUCCAGCGGUGGAGACUUUCCACUAAAUGUGCAAAUCGUGGAACAUUCCUAUAGGCACAAUCAGCUGCCUCCGUCGCCCAAUUUGGGCCACGACAGAGGUCCUUUACCUCAAACACCAGAGUCACCCAAAUUUCCGCCUUUACCGCCCUCUCCUGUACAAGAGGUUGAUGAUGAAUACACGGAGAUAAUGCAGCCGACUGAAAGACGCCACACUCAGAAAGCGGACACAUUACCGACGCCAACACUGGAAUCGCGUAGAAGGCCUUCAGAACCGCCAGCCGUACCACCACAUAGAGAUAACACAAAUAGCCUAAAAACCAGGUCGAUGGAAACCAGCUAUAACAAGAAUAGAAGAAACAGUUCACAACAUUUCAAAAGUGGCUCAACGGAUAGAAGAACUCUACCCACAGAUACGGGAGCGAGUGGCGCCCGUCGUCGUACUUUACAGCGACAGAACCGAGACGUUUCCAGUGGUAGGGGGCAGUUGCAGACUUCCGCUAGUCUACCCGAGACGCCAGUCUUUGCUCGGGGUUGUGACGUCCCUCGCACUCCGCCUAGAAACUCAACUGGACCGCCUAGAAAUAACACUAUGAGUUCUAUGCAAACCAUAGGAAGUAGUGUGACUUUGGGUGGAUAUGGGCGUGGGUCAGUGAUGGGAGCAACGGGAGUGUGUACGGGCGCUGAUCUUCUCAGGAUGGGAGGACCUCCACGAGGCUGGUACCCACGACAGAGGCAUAGGCCCGCCUCCAUCGAGCAUCUAGACAGAAUCUCGUCAUCCAAAAUGGCAGCAGAUCACCCAAUAGCGUGGGACAAUGCUGGUGCUCGCAAACCGCUAACACUACCGCCGAAUUUAACCCCGAAAUUCUUCCAAAAGUCUCCAAGGGAAGCGCUUCGAAGAGUAACAAGCUUAUUAAUACGAAAAGGUAACAAUGGGAAAGAAAAGGAAAACACAAGAAACAAGGAAGCAACUUCUCCUGCAGCACGUUCAGCUAAUGGUUUGUGA